AUGCAUAUCAAACAGAUAACGAUCCAGGGCUUCAAAAGCUACAAGAACCAAACCGUCGUCAACCCAUUCUCUCCCAAGCUCAAUGUUAUCGUUGGUCGCAAUGGAUCUGGCAAGAGUAAUUUCUUCGCUGCGAUCCGCUUCGUCCUCAGCGAUGCGUACUCACAGAUGGGUCGCGAAGAGAGACAAGCCCUCAUUCAUGAGGGCACUGGAUCAGCAGUCAUGUCUGCCUAUGUAGAAAUCGUGUUCGACAACUCCGACGGUCGAUUCCCUACUGGAAAUGAUGAACUGAUCCUUCGUCGUACGAUCGGUUUGAAAAAGGACGAAUACUCCCUGGAUCGCAAAAACGCGACCAAGCAAGAUGUCAUGCAACUUCUUGAAAACGCCGGCUUCUCACGGGCGAACCCCUACUACAUCGUUCCACAGGGCCGGAUCACACGUUUGACGAACAUGAAGGACUCUGAGCGUCUCGACGUUUUGAAGAGCGUCGCAGGCACACAACAGUUUGUCGCAAAAAAAGAGGAGUCGCAAAAGAUCAUGAGUGAGACUAACAACAAGCUCGUGGCAAUUGAUCAGACGUUUGACCAAAUAAACGAACGCCUCGCUGAAUUAGAAGAAGAGCAAGCUGAGUUGAGAGAUUUUCAAGAGCAAGACCGCGAAAAGCGUGCGCUAGAAUAUACACUGUUCACUCGAGAGCAAGACGAAAUCAACAAAGCACUAGCCGAGUUGGAGGAUAGAAGAGCUGGGGGAAUAGACGAUGCCGAUGAGAAUCGUGAACGCUAUGCUGAAGGUGAAGAUGAGUUGGCCAGAAUCACGCAACAAAUCCAGAACCUCAACCAGCAAAUCCACGCCGCUCGACUCGAAAAACGACAGUAUGACGAGGAGAAGCGCGAGAAGGCAAAGGCACGAGCGCAGGUUGAACUCGAAGAGAGAAAUCUCACCCACGGCCAGGCCGCAGCUCACCGCGCGAAACAAGCUCAUGACAAGGAGCUACAGCAAGUCCAGGCACAAAUACAACAAGUGGAGAAAGAACUGAACACCAUCAUCCCUCAGUUCGAAGCAGAAAUGGCGAAAGAACAGUCAGUGAAGAGUCGCCUCGAUGAAGCCACUGCGACGCAAGAGCACCUAUACGCCAAGCAAGGCAGAAAUGCUCGUUUCAAGACAAAGAAAGCUCGAGACGAUUGGCUCCAGGCACAGAUUAGUGAAGCUUUCGAAGCAUUAUCGCGCUUCAAAGCCACAAGAAUGCAGACCCUAGAAGGCAUAGAAGAAGACAAGAAAGCGAUCGCUAGCCUUGAAAAGGAAAUUGAAAGUCUACAGCAGCAAGUUGGUGGCCAAGACGACUCCCUCGACCAAGAAAUCCAGCGCGCCCAGCAGCGGAGAGAAAAUCUCAUGGAUGAACGAAAGCUUCUCUGGCGGCGGGAGGCACAGCUGGACUCCGAAUAUGGUGCAGCACAAGACGAGUUGAGGAAAGCCGAGCGGAAUCUGUCACAUAUGAUGGACGGGAACACCAGCCGCGGAUUAGAAGCUGUACGCCGAAUCAAACAACAGCACAACCUGGAAGGAUGUUAUGGUCCUCUUGCAGAGCUGAUCGACGUGGCACAACAUCAUACCGCUGUGGAGGUGACGGCCGGCAAUUCUCUUUUUCAUUAUGUUGUGGACAACGACGAUACGGCAACCAAGGUCAUGGAAAUUCUCAACCGCGAGCGAGCUGGCCGUAUCACCUUUAUGCCUCUCAACCGAUUGAAGCCUAAGACUGCGAAUUUUCCAAAUGCGCCGGACGCGAGGCCUCUCAUGUCUCUUCUCCAAUAUGAUAAAAAGUAUGAGAAAGCAGUGCAGCAAGUUUUUGGCAAAGCGAUCAUUGCGCAGAACCUAAGCAUCGCUGCUCAGUACGCCAGGACCCAUGGGCUUACUGCGGUGACACCCGAAGGUGAUAGAUCUGAUAAGAAGGGUGCAUUGACCGGUGGUUACCACGAUGUACGCACCUCUCGAUUGAAGGCAACGAAGGCGGUGAUGGCUGCUCGGGAAAAGUUCGAAGCUGUCAAGGCCGAAAGUGCUGAGAAUAAGAAAAAGAUCGAAAGGAUGGAUCAGACGGUCACAAAGGCCAUGAGUGAGGUCCAGAAGCUUGAGCAGCGAAAGAAUCAAUCGCAAGGCAACCAGCGAUUGUUGAAACAGGAGAUCAGAAAUAAGAUGGACAUGCUCCAGAGAAAGAAGGAUGAUCUCGAAGCCAAGCAAAAGCAAGAAAUUGCCAUCAGCGCCAACGUCAAGCGCUUGAGUGAUUCUCAAAAUGCAUACCAAGCUGAGCUGAAUUCUGACUUUAAGAAAGCAUUGACACAGGCCGAGGAGGCGCAGCUUGAGAACCUCACAGCAACCAUACAGAACCUCCGACGCGAAUACAACAAGCUCUCGGCAUCGAGAGCUGAAACCGAAGCCCGAAAGGCAAAUUUGGAGGCACAGUUGAACUCGAGUCUGAGACCACAGCUGGUUGCUCUGGAAACUGAUGAGUUUGAGACCGAGGGCGACGUAUCGGCUCAUCUGCGAGCUAAGAGGGCAGAAUUAGCGCGCUUAAGCAAGGAACUUGAAUCCGUUCAGGAGAGUUUAGAUGAACUGGAAGACCAAAUCGAGACUGCCUCUACUCAGGUUGCCCAGCUUGAAGCACAGGCUGCAGAGACCCGUCGGCAGCAGGAAGAACUCGCCAAGGCCAUCGAGCGGCAUCAGCGCCGGCUUGAGAAGUCUGUACAGAAGAAGGCCGCCCUUCAGGCUUCUAAACAGGAGACGAUCGACAACAUCCGCGAACUGGGAGCGAUACCAGAAGAUUUGCGAAAGAAGUAUCGAAACACUGAUUCCAACACCAUCGUCAAGAGACUCCAAAAGGCCAAGGAGGCGCUCAAAAAGUACAGCUCUGUCAAUAAGCAUGCUUUCGAGCACUACAGGAAAUCGGCCAAGCAACGCGAAGAGUUGGAGGGGAGAAGGAAAGAUCUCGAAGCCGCUAAAGCAUCUAUCCAGAACCUCAUCGAGAUUCUUGAUCAGAGAAAGGAUGAAGCGAUCGAGCGGACUUUCAAACAAGUUAGUAAGGCAUUUGCCGAGGUCUUCCAAAAGCUCGUCCCAGCUGGUCGUGGACGAUUGAUCAUCCAGCGCAAGACCGAUAAGCGACAGGCAGAAGAUGAAGAGUCAGAAGACGAACAGCCAGUCAACAAGCGUGGCGUUGAGAACUACACUGGUGUGGGGAUCAGUGUCAGCUUCAACAGCAAACAUGACGAUCAGCAGCGUAUUCAGCAACUCAGCGGUGGGCAAAAGAGUCUUUGCAGUUUGGCCCUCAUCUUCGCGAUCCAAGCUACCGAUCCCGCACCCUUCUACAUUUUUGAUGAGAUCGACGCCAACCUUGAUGCUCAGUAUCGUACAGCUGUCGCAGACCAUCUCCUCUAUCUCGCGAAUAGAGCGGACGAGGAGCCUACCAAUGGAGACGAGAGGCCUACCGGCGGCCAGUUCAUUUGCACUACUUUCCGACCCGAGAUGUUGCGAGUGGCUGACAAGUGCUUUGGUGUACGAUUUGGAAACAACGUCAGUAGUAUUCGCGAGGAGAGCAUGGAGGACGCCUUGGAUUUCGUGGAGAGUCAGACUCAGUGA